ACAGCGCUUUGAAGGAGCAUAUCUCAAAACAUUUUCUUGAUCUUGUCUAGUUCUGCUCCUUCAUCCAAAACUUCGGAGAAACAGUUGAUUUGCUUGCCAUUAUGAGUGACGAUGGACGUGGAAGGGGCCGUGGUAGAGGCAGGAAAGGGAAAAGAAGUAGGAAAACCGAAGGCUUAAGGCCAGGUCCUGCUAUGAACCCGCAAUUUUUGUCACAACAGAGCCAAAACGAUAGGCCACUGGCAACUUUAGGGUCGACAUUGCAACAGGUGACGAAAAGAACAGAUAAAAGUUUGCCAAAAAGACCAGGUUUUGGGAAUUGUGGGAAAAAGAUUACAUUAUCAGCUAAUUUCUUUGAAGUCAAAUAUAAAGACCAUGACAUUUAUCACUAUGAUGUUACUAUUGAGCCAUCAAAGUGUCCAGCAAGUUUAAACAGAAUCGCUAUUGAAAGGAUGGUUUCAGUUUAUCCAGAAGUCUUUGGCAGCCACAAACCUGUGUUUGAUGGGAAAAAGAAUAUGUAUACAAUAUCACCUUUGGACAUUGGUAAUGGAAAGAAAGAAUUUGAUAUCACAUACUUGGAGGAAAAUGAAAGAGAGAGAAAGUUAAAGGUUACAUUGAAAUGGGUUGCUCUCACCAGUUUAUCAUCAUUGACAGAGGCAUUACGUGGGAAUACAAAUCAGAUACCCUAUGAAACAAUGCAGGCAAUGGAUAUUGCACUGAGGCAUCUUCCGUCUUUAAGGUACGUCCCUGUUGGUCGAUCAUUUUUUCAACCUCCUGAUAUCAAGAAUGCCUACCAACUAGGCCAGGGGAGAGAGAUUUGGUUCGGCUAUCAUCAAAGCAUUCGACCUGCCUACUGGAAGACAAUGAUCAAUCUCGAUAUAUCAUCAACUACGUUCUAUAAGUCACAGCCAGUAACAGACUUCUUAAAUGAAGUAUUGGACAAAGUUAAUAUCAAUGAAAACAAAAGGCCACUUGGAGACCACGAGAGAAUCAGGUUUUCAAAAGAAGUUAAAGGACUUAAAGUUGAGGUGACCCACCUUGGAAAUAUUAAACGGAAAUACAAAGUAACUGGAGUAACGAAAGAAUCGGCCAAUGAAAAAACAUUCACUAUGGAGAAAGAUGGUGCCAAUGCUGACGUCACUGUUGCGGCCUAUUUUGAAGAACGAUACAAGAUGAAGUUGAGGUAUCCUUAUCUUCCUUGUUUGCAAGUCGGCAAUCCAGAAAGGGGAUGCUUCUUGCCAAUGGAAGUUUGCAAUAUUGUCUCUGGGCAACGUUGCGCAAAGAAACUGAGCGACCGGCAGACAAGAGAAAUGAUAAAAAAUACUCCGAAGUCUGCUUCAAUGCGAAAGGAAGAGAUCAUGAAAAUCGUGAACAAAGCUGACUUUGCGAAAGAUCCAUACUUGCGUUACUUUGGAAUAGAGGUGUCACCCCAAAUGGUAAAAGUUGAAGGCCGAAUAUUGGAACCGCCUACGAUCGAAUUCGGACAAAUGGCACAAGUUCUUCCAAGAAAUGGAGCGUGGAAUCUGCAAGACCGAGCUUUUCAUUCAGCGAAGAAGAUCAAUGUCUGGGUCCUACUAGUUCUCGGUUCCUCCCAACACUGCAAGCAACGCGUAUUGAUGAAAUUUGCUGAUGAGUUCGUUGAUGUUUGUUCAACUGCAGGAAUGUCUGUCGAAAGGAAGCCGACCCAUUUUGAAUAUUUGAGGCUCGGAAGUACAGAGGUUGUGGGAAAGCAGUUCGAGAGGGUGAUUGACACUGUCCUCAACAACAACACUAGCCUGGAUUUGAUUAUUGUUGUUUUGAAUGGGAAAAAUCCUUGUUAUGAGUUGAUCAAGAGCCUUGGUGAUACGUAUUAUGGGAUACCAACUCAAUGCGUGCAAUACAAAAAUAUUGAACCGUUGAGGAGACAAACCAUAGUAAAUCUUUCUUUAAAAGUCAACACAAAACUGGGAGGCAUCAAUAGUUUUAUAAAACGCGAGUGCAAGCCCAAAAUAUUUGAAAAGCCAGUCAUAGUGCUUGGCGCAGAUGUCACACAUCCGGCUCCUGGUGAUGAGCAAAAACCUUCUAUUGCAGCGGUCGUUGGAAGCUUAGACUCAUACCCAAUGAACUACUCGACCUCGAUUCGAGUUCAGAAGAACCGCAUGGAGAUAAUAGCAGAGCUGAAGGACAUGAUAAAAGAGCUGCUGAAUGCUUUCCGCAAUUCGACAGGCCACAAACCAGAAAGAAUCAUCAUGUACAGAGAUGGAGUAAGCGAAGGUCAAUUCCAGCAGGUGCUGCUACAUGAAGUGAAAGCCAUUCGCGAGGCCUGCAUGAUGCUAGAGAAAGAUUAUGAGCCCGGAAUCACAUUCAUCGUUGUUCAAAAACGACAUCAUGCCAGAUUUUUUCCUGAAAGGCACCAAGAUGCUGUGGGUACAUCUGGCAACAUUCCCCCUGGUACGACCGUUGACUCAGGAAUAUGUCAUCCUACCGAAUAUGAUUUUUAUUUAUGCAGUCAUGCAGGAAUCAAGGGAACAAGCAGACCGGCUCAUUACCAUGUACUGUGGGAUGAUAAUGAUUUGAAGCCAGAUGAGCUUCACAAUCUGACCUACAUGCUUUGUCAUACUUACGUAAGGUGCACAAGAUCGGUAUCCAUUCCAGCCCCAGCUUAUUACGCCCAUCUAGCGGCUUUUAGAGCGCGCUUUCACGUGGAUUACCAAAGAGACAUCAGUGCUGGUUCUGAUCAGGGAGGCAGUUCAUCUAAAAAGUCAAUCAGCGAGGCAGCCCUGAAAACUCUUGGUGAUGCUUGCCGACCUCAUAAGAAGCUUUCUAAAACGAUUUACUUCGCUUGAUCAAUUGAUGCCGUUGUCCCAGUGUGUGUGGGUCUAGGCAAAUCUUGCUGUCUUAUCGCCAGAUAGAAUGACUGUCCAAGACCUUUAAUGGAGUAAUGUAAAGCCCUUCACCUUGGACGCUGUGUGAGGUUUGAAAGCUUUUAAUGGCACGAGUAUCAAUGAAUAUUUGGACGAUUAUUGGAACGCACGAUAUUCAGAACGCAGUAACGGUGAUGUGAUCUGUUCUCUAAUUAUACUUUUUAAGGACCAAUAUUACAGUCUUAGAACCUACAAUGACAGUUGUACGGUAAGGCCUUGUUUAAAUAUUGUUUAUUGAAUUUGAUACAGUAAACCAUCAUAGAGAAGAACCUGGCUGUUCUUUGAUCAUGUUUUAAAAGUGCCUGAAGGAGUUGCAAGGUCGAAGGCUUCUACAUUUGGUUUUGAUCUAAAAAGUGAGCUUUGGUGAUAAAAUAAGUUGGUUUUGCCUAGCAAUAUGGGUAGUCUGUGUCAAAUGGCUCAGGGGACAACGCCUUUUUGGACACAAGCCUUUUUGGCAAAAAUUUGCUUAAUCAAAAAAUACCACUAUGGCUCUUAAAUUCUUAUUUAUUGUUUUAAUUCUGGAGAUUCACAGUAGCUCGAUUCAGAUUGAACAGAACAAUUUCUUAAAUAAAGUUUUUUUAUUAUGAGAACCACAAGCAGUGAAACACCUUUAUGUGUUUCUUUCAAUUAGUUUUAAAGUUAAGAUAAUUUAGGGAUUUUCGAGAGACUGUACCUUCAAAAGGAAUACUUUAAUUUCAAGUAUAUUUAUGCCACAUUGUUGAUAUAAUUUAUUAUAUAGUUCUAGUUUAUUAGGUUUUCGGUUUUUUCCUCAGUAAAUCGGCGUUUCCCAACGAUUCGAGAGAUGAAAUUAUUUUCAAAAGAAAUUAUUUAGUGUAUUUUGUGAUUUGUGUAUUUAAAACUAUCUACAAUUGAUACAGCUGUAGACGUAUGAAAAUAUAUCCCCCUCCCCCUUUUCCGCUCGUCAAUGAAACGGUAUAUAUUACCUAUGAUUCAACAUUGUGGGAUUUGCGUGCAAAUAUCUGGAUAGCUGGAAUUUUUAGUUGAGAUGUUUUGGUUUUGUGUUAAUGAUCACGAUAUACAAUCACUGCCAAAAUUACUUGGAACACCAAACACUUUGCGUUGUGCUUUUCUAUUUUUUCAUUUGUUUUCCCGAAUACAACUACUUCCGUCCCUUUUCCCCCCCUCCCCAAAACAAUGUUGAAAGAAUAGAAAAAUAUCAUACAAGGCACAUUAAAAAGCGUACUCCAUAAUCCCUUCCUUUUUUCUAUAGGAAAUCAACAUUGUUCUUAGGGGGAGAGGGGGAUGGCUGAAUUUGCCUUUGAAAACUGACGUUAGUGUUCCACGACUUUUGGCAGUGAUUGCUCCCCUGCCUCGUUUGAUCCCUUUAAUACACCUAGAUCUCAAUCGUUCCUGUUAAAGGAAUUUAAGGACAAAUACCCUGUGAUAUCAUGUGCACAUUUUAAGGACAGAUAUCAUGUUAUAGUUACAUUUGUCUUCAGAUCAGGGGUGCUCGAUUUUUCAAUCUUGACGCUCUCCACAAGUUAUUUAAGGUCAAAAAGGUUUUUAAGAUUAUUUAGUUCUUAAGAUUGUUUUGCGAUUUAUUUCCGACUGAGAAUAUAAGAAAAGUAAGAAGAGGCAAUUAGUGUUUUAAGACAGUGUUUAAAACAGAUUUUUUUGCGUUUUAGUUUUGUAAACCAACCCCGAGUCGCUAUGGCGAAUUUAGUAUUAACAUAGAGUAAAUACGAUAUUGUAACAUAGAUAAUUUCUAUUCAAGUAAUACUUUUAAUGAGAAUGCUAAUAAAUUACGAUUUCUUUUCGCUCGUCUGCAAAACCUAGACUUUCCCAAGUCUACUUUUUUAAACCCGUAAGGCAUCCGUACUACACAUAUUUCUAAAAUAAACUAAGGUCCGGUGCUGGCAGGCAGUUUCUUUAAUUUUCUGGUCAUUUUGCUAUCAAAAGUUUCUUACAUGUGUCUUCAAUUUCAUUGGUAAUGAAUUUUUUAAACGUGCUUCCAAGGUAAAGUAAAACGUUCACUCGCAUUCAGAGAUAAACUAGUGUAAUGUGCUAAUUCGAAGAAUGAUAGACGAUGGUGUAUUAAGUCCCUCAGCAACCUUGCUCCACACAAUUUCCAGAAAUUCUCACUACUCCACUCACAGAAAAAUACCUCAAAUGGGCAAAUAUCGUUCUCUUACAGAGGUGCAAAAUACAAUGAUGUUCAAUGUCAAGACCGUUUCGAGGGUCAGCUCGGAAAAUUGAAACUGCAAAUUAUAAAAGAUUCUUAGAUUUUUUCAAUUUGGGUAGGAUUUUUUCUUAACUUUCGAAAAAUUGAACCUACCGUUUCUUAUAAAUGUACUUCGAGGGCAAAUUAUCCCCUUCGCAGUUAAGGGCAUAUAAACGGGGCAUAUACAAAUUUUUCCUGCUUCCUACGAUUUACUGCAGUUUUUCAAAAUGCGUUAAAUGGACUCAAUUCAUGAUGUCAGUUUUCAAAGACAAAAUUGAUUGUCCCCACGUUUGAAAUUCUAGGUGCAAAAUGGGGCGGUUGCACUGUUAAUGCAGUGUUUCUGGAAUAAAACUAUUCUGAAAGAAAAAUACGUCCAUUAGUCCAUCUGUCAUUUUACCGUUUCGAAAGUUUUUGGAGACAAGUGAAGAAAAAGUUUGUUUAUCUGUUUUAUGAUAUGUUGAAUGAUUGCAGUGUAUUUUUGACGUCAUUUAAAGUGUUUGCGGUCGCCCCGUUUACGCAAAGAGUGCAAAUCUCUAGAAAAUUGACGGGGAUAAAUGAUCAAACGAAUGAAUGAAUAAAUACUUGUUUGAUAAAUAAGUGAUCGCGUGAAUACAGUCAAUGCUGCUUUCUCUUUUGAAUUAGUAAUUUUUAUUAACAUUUCUUUUUUCUGCCUUGGAUUAUAUGAAAUAGUUUCCUUUAGUAAUGUUUUUGAUAGACGGAUGUAAUAAUUUUGUGAUGGAUUUCCGCAUCCUUCUUUCACGAAUCCCUCCAUUAACUCACUGUUUCGAAUACAAAUUCGUAGGUUUUAAGCAGGAUAUGCCCCUUGAAUCGGUAGCGGAAAUCCAGAGCUGCUAGCAAUUCUAAUUUCAAAGGUCAGUUAAAGAAAAGAAAGAUUUUGUAGAAUCAAUGUUUCAAAUUCAAAGAUAAGAUGUUAAGUUAAAAUUGGUCAAUUUACAUCCAAAGACUGAUAAAUAAUUUAUUCCACCAGGUUUUAUUUCCCUUGAUCGGAUUCCGGUAAUCAAAUGGUGGAGUUGCGGCUUUUCAUUGGCCAAGCUUGACCUUCCAGGUAGGGUUCAAGGGGGUCAAGGGUCAUCAAGAAUAAACUUUACCAGUUGCAGCGCCAGGUAUUACAGGGUGGGAGGGUAAUAGGCAUGACCAGUUAAACCACACCCUUUUUGCCUCGUUUCAGUGCUUCGUACCAGGCUAACUUUCGUUAAGAAUUUUGAUCUACCAUUACCAACGCUUUUUAAUCAUUAUUUAGAAUAAAUAUGUAGACCAGGUUUUCAGAGAAGUAGGGUGGG